GUUUUACGCAAACCCAAACUGAGAGAGGUCGAGAGAAAGCGAGCGAGAGGGGGGAGAGCGACAACGGGAGAGUACAGCACGCGGUCACAGUGGUGGACUGCACACUGGAUGCCGGACACAACAGCUCGACCUGCGUGGAGAGAGGGACAGGCUACCCCCAACAUUGCGCUGCGUAAAGCGCGACAACCCCGCUAUAUUCUGGGUGGAUUUGCGGGGUGCACAGACCGCCACGAGGGACGACAUCUGCCCGUAGUGAAAUAAUUUAAAAUAUAGUUAAAUGAGUACAAACAUUGUGCAAAAAAGCAUCUGAAGGAAAACAAAAGAGACCGGACGGACAGCAUUACAUGGCAAUACAAAUACAGAGGUGAGCCCCGAUUUCAAAGCAAUUCAGAAAACCCCAUGUCCUGUCAAGUUCGGACUGCAGCUAGCGGCACAACAGGACCUGGGAGAACCUCUACUACACUGCCGUUGGGACGUUGUCGUAGGACAACAAGACAUGCUGCACUGAUUCGAAGAAAUGUUAGCUUAUAAAUAUAAUUAGUAUUAUUAUUAUUAUCAUCACAUUUUUGUUGUUGGUGUUUGCUGUUGUUUAAGUCCAUGUAACAUGGUCUGAGAGGAUUGGUGAGAAAGGAUCGAUCAAGUUAGAAAAACAGAAGGUGAAGGAGAAAAACUAGAAGGGGAAAUAAUCCCUUCAGACGUAGACGCUGACUCUGGGGUUUGUGCAUGAGAUGGGCUCCACAAGCCUAUGAGUGCGCUGGCCACUGGCACGCUGGGACCACCAUGCCCCCCCUCCCUGCCAGCUCUCCACCCGGGUUCCUCCACCAGCACCGCACAGCCAGAGCCAGGGCCGGCCUGUCAGCCCGACCCCGUGCUCGCUGACCACACCCCGCAAGCUCCGGCGGGAAGGCCAGCGGAGGCCGGCAGGGCACGGCAUGGGCAACUCAUCUAGAAAAGAGGGCGAGGAGGAAGAAGAGGAGGAGGACGGGGGCACGGCAGGCGAGAAGAAGAAGAAGGAGGAAGAAGAGGAGGAGGAGGAGGAAGAGGAGUUGCCGAUGGGGGUGGACGAGUUGCUGGACAGUGGGGACCCAGUGCUGGACCUGAGCUACCGCAAACUGCGGAAGCUGCCCUCGCGGGUCUGCACCCUGGAGCACCUGCAGAAGCUGUACCUGUGCGGCAACCGCAUGCGGGGCCUUCCGGAAAGCCUGGCCCAGCUGCAGGGCCUGCGCAUCCUGGCGCUGGACUUCAACAAGAUGGAGGACGUGCCGCCAGCCGUCUGCCAGCUCGCCAACCUCACCCGCCUCUACCUGGGCAGCAACCGGCUCAUGAUCCUGCCCCCGGAGCUGAGCAACCUGCAGAGCCUGCGCUGCCUGUGGGUGGAGAGCAACUACUUCCAGCGCUUCCCCCGCCAGCUCUACGACCUCCCCCACCUCCGCUCCUUACAGCUGGGGGACAACCGCCUGCGGAGCCUCCCGGCCGACCUGUGGCGCAUGGAGGCGCUGCGCGGCCUCUGGCUCUACGGCAACCGCUUCCGGGAGUUCCCCCGGGUGCUGCUGCGCAUGGAGGGGCUGGAGAUCCUGGACCUCGACCGCAACCAGAUCUCGGAGUUCCCCAGCCUGGCCCACCUUCCCGCCCUGCGCCUGCUCUCCUACGACCACAACCCCGUCAAGGGCCCGCCCAAGGUGGGAGAGGAGGUGCUCCUGGUGGGGGAGGGGGCGGAGGAGGCCCUGGAGGCGCGGGCCCAGAGAAAGGAGGCACGGCGGCGGGCCGCCGAGAAGGAGGCGGAGGAGGAGGCGGCGGCGGCCGCCGGGGGAGGCGCCGAUGAGCCGGUCAUUCACGGCAUCCUGAAGAACAGUAGCUCCGCUCCCAGCCACCCGUCCAACGGGGUUUCGGCGGAGACGGAGGAAGGUUUAGCAGAGGAUGCUACACCGCCAGAAGAAGAGGAGGAGGAGGAACAGGAAAAUUGGGAAGGGGUAGAGUGUGAUAAAACUGUGGUUGAGUACGAUGAGGUCGAGCUGGAGUACGAGGAGGAGGGGAUUGAGUAUGAGCGGGAGGAGCUAGUGUGUGAAGGGGAGGGGUUUGACCAGGAAGGAACAGAGCUGGUAUAUGAGAGGGCGGAGAUGGACUAUGAGUAUGAGGAGGAAGAGGAGGAGUUUGAUGACACAGAAAGGCAGGGAAGGGGGGCAUGAUGUUUAAAUUGUCCUCUACUUGAUCUCUCAUUAAUUGUAUCUUUGCACUCGUUAAGACUGACGAAUGGGGUGGGGGAGGAUUUGGGGACCUUUUUAACCUCAAAUCGAUGGAAUUAUGUUAGAGCAUAACCUUCAACAUGAACGGUCAUGCUACUGUUUUCCUGAUCUUGAUUUCUUUUGUCUGAUAAAAGCUUCCCUUGCAAACCUGGCUACAGUGAGGUACGCCAAAUUUCAGGGAAACGGCAAUAGCACGACUGGACACUUGAAAGACUGGCGGUUUUAUCAAGUAACAUGAGGGUCUUACCACUAUGUGUUGUACGAUCUUUAAUCCUUUUUGUGAGGAAGAGCAAUGAGUGCACUUUUAGGAUGGGCAGAAACCCUGAAAGAACCCAGAAACCCACCUCCCCGCUGUCCUCUUUCGGAGAGGCGGAAAGAGGACGAUGGAGAGCGGGGGGAACUGGGACGAGGUGUAACAUGAACCCUCGCGAAGUUGACUGUGUCGCCUGACAGGGAUACGACUGUGAUGUCAAUCCGCGGUGUGGUUCACCCAUGACGCGAUACUGCCUGUUGAUGUGAUAUGUGUUCAGGAAACCGGAUCUCGCCUCAUUAAAUAAUUACUGAGUUGA